AUCUCCUCCUCAAUUCGUCCAAUUCAUUCUUUCUCAACAGUUCAACUGUGCAAUGACGGGUAAUCUGCGCCGACGACUUUUGUCGUUUUUCAAAAAAACGAAACCCAUGCAGCUCCUGGCGUUACCUCCUGCAGUGCUUGGCAAAGUUCUGAAACAACUAACCCCUCUUCAAAUAUUCGAAUUGUCCCAAAGUUCGAUGAGAAUGCCCACGUUGAUCAAGUCUAUUAUGGCAUUUGACCGCAUUUUGAUUGACCUGACAAAAGAAAGAAAAUCGAUAAUUUUCUACAACAAUUGGGAGAGGGAGCCAGCAAUCUUUUUCCACGUUGAUUACAAGCCAGAUGUUUACGAUACAAAGUUGAAGAUAGGAAAACUACGAAUCACAAUGACAGAUGGCCAUCUCCACUGCUACACUAAACGCCCUGGGAGUUGCCUAAAAUUAUGUCUCGAUUUUUUCUUCACAAUUUUCCAUUGUCGCUCUGGGCUCGCUACAGUCAAGUUGGACGGACACGCUUCGAAAUUCCGACGUCUCAUUUUCCACCCAAUUUUCAACAAUCGCCUUGUGCUGAAGUUAUGUGGUGGAACGUUGAAAAGAGGGUACAAUGAUAUGAAGACGUUGCUCCAUGAGUAUGAACACUUGGAGGGAAUUGUCGUUGACUUUCAAUUCCGCAUAGAUUAUUUUGAUCCUACUGAGAUCUUCACUCGAAACCGUGUGUGCUUCAUCAAUGGAGACUGGAUAACUUGUGAUAUACUCCUAAGACUGAAUUUCACUCGACUCGUGCUGGCCUCUCACAAGCUUACUACUCAAGAUAUGAACGCGUUCAUCAGGAGCUGGGUGUCCGGAUAUUGUCCGAACUUGCAAAGAUUUGAGGUUUUCCACAAUAACAACUCUGGCUUCCAUCCCAAACACAUCAUCCAAGGUUUGGACAUUCAGGGAUGGCAUCCGGAGCGCAGACAUGAAAAUGUUGUAAUGGACUUCCUCGAAUGCCCAUACAUCAUGAAAGCUCGAGACGAGAUCGACGUUAGAAGAAGAAAAGACGGAAUGCUUGCCACAAUUGUGAACAAGCCAAAAUCAUUUAUGUUUGUUGUCUGGCACGAACGUUUCCCGGAAUAUAAUCCCAAAUAUCGUGUAACAUCUAAGCAUGUUCCGGUGAAUUUCUGAACUAAUUGGUUUAUAAUAACUAUGUUAAAAUUAUUUCCUUAUAUGUAUCAAUUGAUUAAUAUCAACGAUUAAUAUUAAUUCACAACGCGAUGAUUCUGCAAAAGAAGCGGGUGCAACAUUUCGAUUUUUUGGUGCUCUACAAAUAUUUUUUAAAUAUGAAAAAAAAACGAAUUUCAAAUAAAAAAGUUAAUAUGUUUUAAAAAA